AUGUGGAACAGUCCAGAACCAACAGCAGACUAUCCACUGAGUCCCUCAGCUCCUGGAGAAGAGGCCAAAGAGGAGGAAAUUGAGCGCAAAUCUUCAGCUGUGGAGAGACCACAGUCUGAAUAUUCCAAGGCGAGUCCAGAACCAACAGAACACUAUCCGCUGACUCCCUCAGCUCCGGGAGAAGAGGCCAAAGAGGAGGAAAUUGAGCACAAGUCUUCAGCUGUGGAGACACCACAGUCUGAAUACUCUGAGGCGAGUCCAGAACCAACAGCAGACUAUCCACUGAGUCCCUCAGCUCCUGGAGAAGAGGCCAAAGAGGAGGAAAUUGAGCGCAAGUCUUCAGCUGUGGAGACACCACAGUCUGAAUAUUCCAAGGCGAGUCCAGAACCAACAGCAGACUAUCCACUGACUCCCUCAGCUCCUGGGGAAGAGGCAAAGGAGGAGGAAAUUGAGCGCAAGUCUUCAGCUGUGGUCACACCACAGUCUGAAUAUUCUGAGGCAGCCCUUCUAGAGAAAGAGCAUGAGCAGAUGGCUUUAGAAGAGGUGCCAUGCCAGCCUCAGGGAGAGCUGUUCCUAGCCCAGGAGCAGGAAGAGCAGCUCAGGCUGUUGCCCGAUCCGAAGAAAACACAAACAACCAAAGUCGUUUAUGCGGUGCUUUAUUGA